AGUCAAGUUCUCGGUCCAGUUCGGAGGCCAGAGUCGUACACUAACGUGGGAGGGAUUUGCCUUCCUGCCACCUCGAGAGCGCCACGGCCUGCAGAGUCGGGGGGCCGCAGCUCAGCGUUUAAGAGCGCGGCGCACCCCGUUCCAGGAGACGCGAGAGGAGGGAGCGGGAGAGACCCACGUGACCUCCGCCUGAGCAGGUGAGACUGCUUUGCAGGAAACACCUGCCAAAUGCUGUAGAAAACAGCUAGGGGUACCGGAAGCAUGGCCACUUCCCGGUCGUCGGCCCCCUUCAGCGGGGUCUAAGCCUUCGUCUCCCAUCCCAACACGUCUAAGGCAGUGACUGGAAAAUUCCAGAAAGCACAUUCCGAGAAGAACUCGGGGCGAAAGCGGGUGUGGGGACCCAAACGCUGCAUAAUUGCUCUCGGCGAGCCCAUUAGGACUUGCUCGGGGAAACUACAACUCCCAUGAAGCCUUUCCCGCCCUCUCGGUUUCCGGUGCCGCGUAGUUUCCGGAGCGGAUUGCAACCUGGAGUCCGGAUCCGAUCCCGGUCUGCACAUUCCAAAGGUUUCGGGAUGGCCGAGGAGGGCAGCGACGAAGCCAUGUUUAUCUGGUGUGAAGACUGUGGUCAAUACCAUGAUUCAGAAUGUCCAGAGUUGGGUCCAGUGGUCAUGGUCAAGGACUCUUUUGUAUUGAGCAGGGCAAGGUCGUCUCUUCCCUCGAACCUGGAGAUCAAGCCCUUGGGAGACGGCACCGAAGGCGUUUUCGCCAUAACCCAGCUCGUCAAGCGCACACAGUUUGGUCCGUUUGAGUCUAGGAGAGUCGCCAAGUGGGAGAAGGAGUCGGCUUUCCCCCUGAAGGUCUUCCAGAAGGACGGGCACUCGGUUUGUUUCGACACCUCCAACGAGGAUGACUGCAACUGGAUGAUGAUGGUGAGGCCGGCAGUAGACUACGAGCAUCAGAACUUGACGGCCUUCCAACACGACAAUGACAUUUACUUCACUACCUCCCGGGACAUUCCUCCAGGCACCGAGUUGCGAGUGUGGUAUGCCGCUUUUUAUGCCAAAAAAAUGGAGAAGCCAGUGUUGAAGCAGGUCUCCAAUAUUGUGCAUGAACACGCUUUGGGUGCCCUGGAGCACGUCAGAGGCCUGCCUCCAGGCAGCCACAAGGAAGGCUCUCCAGAGAAGGAAGUCGAGGCGCCUCCCAAGGACGCCCCUGCGGUGUGUGAGAGCGGCAGUGGCAGCCGAGAGCCCAAGAGGAAGCCCCGCAGAGGCAAGAAGUGCAGGAGCGCCAAAGGCGAGCAGCCUGUCAUCAUCGCCGAGGAGAAGGAGGCGGCAGUAGAUCAAGUGGCUGAAAUUAUAACAGAAAUCCCGCCUGAUGAAGACCUUAGCGCAACUACAGAGGAGCGGAUUAUGGAACUUGUUUUAGGAAAGCUGCCACCAAGCACCACAAAAGAUAACAGCGAAAGUAAAAUCCCAAAGUUUGCGCACCACCAGAGCUCUCUGGCGCUCAAGAGGAGCCUCAUCCUGUCCGGCAGGCACGGCAUCCGCAGGAAGCUCAUCAAGCAGCUCGGGGAGCACAAGCGCGUCUACCAGUGCAACAUCUGCAGCAAGAUCUUCCAGAACAGCAGCAACCUGAGCCGGCACGUGCGCUCCCACGGUGACAAGCUGUUCAAGUGUGAAGAGUGCGCGAAGCUGUUCAGCCGAAAGGAGAGCCUCAAGCAGCACGUGUCGUACAAGCACAGCAGGAACGAGAUUGAUAGUGAAUACAGGUACAGGUGUGGGACGUGUGAGAAGUCCUUUCGGAUAGAGAGCGCCCUGGAAUUUCACAACUGCAGGACAGAUGAGAAGACAUUCCAAUGUGAGAUGUGUUUCCGAUUCUUUUCUACCAAUAGUAACCUCUCCAAACAUAAGAAGAAACAUGGCGAUAAAAAGUUUGCUUGUGAGGUAUGCAAUAAAAUGUUCUAUCGAAAGGAUGUUAUGCUGGAUCACCAAAGGAGACACUUGGAAGGAGUCAGACGUGUGAAGAGAGAAGAGUUCGAGGCCAGUGGCGAGACUGUGGUGCGCUAUAAGAAGGAGCCCUCGGGAUGCCCCGUGUGUGGAAAGGUGUUUUCCUGUAGAAGUAAUAUGAAUAAACAUCUCUUGACCCAUGGAGAUAAGAAGUACACUUGUGAGAUCUGUGGACGCAAAUUCUUCCGGGUAGAUGUGCUUAGGGAUCACAUUCAUGUCCAUUUUAAGGACAUCGCCCUGAUGGACGACCACCAGAGGGAGGAGUUCAUCGGUAAAAUCGGGAUUUCGUCCGAGGAAAACGACAACUCCGACGAAAGUGCCGAUUCGGAGCCGCACAAGUACAGCUGCAAAAGGUGCCAGCUCACAUUUGGCAGAGGAAAAGAAUACCUCAAGCACAUCAUGGAGGUGCACAAGGAGAAAGGCUAUGGCUGUAGCAUCUGCAACCGGCGGUUUGCCCUGAAAGCGACUUACCACGCGCACAUGGUUAUUCACCGGGAGAACCUGCCCGACCCCAACGUGCAGAAGUACAUCCACCCGUGUGAAAUCUGUGGCCGGAUCUUCAAUAGCAUAGGAAACCUGGAGCGCCACAAGCUCAUCCACACAGGUGUAAAGAGUCACGCGUGUGAGCAGUGCGGCAAAUCCUUUGCCAGAAAAGACAUGCUUAAAGAACACAUGAGAGUGCACGACAACAUCCGGGAGUACUUGUGUGCGGAGUGUGGAAAAGGCAUGAAAACCAAACACGCUCUUCGCCAUCACAUGAAGCUCCAUAAAGGCAUCAAGGAGUACGAGUGCAAGGAGUGCCACAGGAAAUUCGCUCAGAAGGUCAACAUGCUGAAGCACUACAAAAGGCACACAGGGAUUAAAGAUUUCAUGUGUGAGUUGUGUGGAAAGACUUUUAGUGAAAGAAAUACAAUGGAGACCCACAAACUCAUUCACACAGUGGGAAAACAGUGGACCUGCUCUGUGUGUGACAAAAAGUAUGUCACAGAGUAUAUGCUUCAAAAACACAUUCAGCUAACUCAUGACAAAGUAGAAGCUCAGAGUUGUCAGCUAUGUGGAACAAAAGUUUCAACCAGGGCUUCAAUGAGUCGGCACAUGAGGCGCAAGCAUCCAGAGGUCCUCUCAGUCAGGAUUGAUGACUUGGAUCACCUCCCAGAAACAACCACCAUUGAUGCCUCUUCCAUUGGUAUAGUUCAGCCUGAACUUGCUUUGGAACAGGGAGAAUUACCAGAAGGGAAGCAUAUCAAAGUGGCCAAACGAAGUCACAAACGAAAGCAAAAGCCGGAUGAAGAGGAAGACGCGCUGGUGUCCGAGGAUCCCGCGUUCAGCGACUACACAGAAAAGGAAGCGGAAUUCACGGGCAACGUGGGCGACGAGACCAACUCCGCUGUCCAGAGCAUUCAGCAGGUGGUGGUGACGCUGGGGGACCCGAGCGUCACGGCGCCGUCCAGUUCGGUCGGGCUGACCAACAUCACCGUGACCCCCAUCACCACGGCGGCCGGCACCCAGUUCACCAAUCUCCAGCCCGUGGCGGUCGGCCACCUCACCGCCCCGGAACGCCAGCUGCAGCUGGACAACUCUAUUCUGACGGUGACCUUCGACACGGUCAGCGGGUCGGCCAUGCUGCACAACCGCCCGAACGACAUCCAGCUGCACGCCCAGGCCGAGGCCUCCAACCCCCAGUCCGUGGCGCACUUCAUCAACCUCACCACCCUGGUCAAUUCCAUCACGCCGCUGGGCAGCCAGCUGGCCGAGCAGCCGCCGCUGAGCUGGAGGGCCGUGCCGCAGGCCGACGUCCUGCAGCCCCCGCAGCCCCCGCAGGGAGCGCCGCCGCCGCCCGGGCAGCCGCAGGUGCAGGCCGCGGAGCCGCCGCCGCAGCAGCAGAUGUACAGCUACUGAGCUGCGCUGUGGAGGCGUCCGCGAGGACUCUGAGGAAUAAAACCCUUUUGAACCCGAGACCUGUCGUGUCCUGAAGCAAGGCCUGAGAGGUCCCGCGGGGGACGGCGUCCAGACUGCGCCACCUCGUCCAGUCCCGCCGGCGCCAAAGACGGGAGAGGCGGCGCUCGGGCCGCCGCGCGGGCACGGUACGAGGCGAAGAAGCCAAAAAUGCGAGCCGGGCUGUUGUCUUCCUACUCCAACAAAAGGACUCGUUUGGGGGGGACGAGAAAUCGCUCACACUAAAGGGCACUUUAGCUCCUUUUCAGACCUGCCACCUCACGCAGCGCGGGCUCAAAACGUGUUCGGGACGAAAAGGAGACUCGAACGGGAGAGAAACUUGCUUUGCGAGUAUAAACAUCGGGCCAGUUUCCUUCGUGUUGGAAGCCAAUAAAGUACACAAACAGGAAUACUGUCCCUUUAAAUUUGAUUUCACUGGGCUUGCCACCACGUACCAACAUCAACUGUGGAAUGGCGCACUUAGGGACCUUUUCUUUGGUCUUCCGUCUUGGAGUCAACACUGUGUGUGGGCUCCAAGGCAGAAGAGUGGUCAGGGCUAGGCAAGGGGGGUCAAGUGACUUGUCCAGGGUCACCCAGCUAGGAAGUGUCCAAGGCCAGAUUUGAACCCAGGACCUCCCGUCUCCAAGCCUGGCUCUCCAUCCGCUGAGCUACCCAGCUGCCCCCUUAAUGCCUUCUCAAGCAGUGUUUUAAGGUGGAAGGUGGUCACAGUGAACAAAUCUAUAAUGUGAAUGUUCUCCCUUCUCCCAUCAAGAUUAUCUUCUGUAACGUGCCGUUUUCCUGCUUUUUCCUUUCAUUUUUGUUUCUGGAAAGACGCUCCGUUCGGGAGCCUGUCUGGUCUGUGUGGUCUUUCUGAACCUCAUAAAGUCAUUUGCACUGAAAAGCUAUCCAUGGCCCCGUGCACCCAGCUAUUGGGGUGUUGGGGGACUUUUCUGUGCUAUGAAAAAGCAAAUCUAAACACUGUCACCCCUCAGGAUCCAGAAGUCUGUUCUUGGACUGCCAGCAGCAGGGAAGGACCAUGAGAACAGCCACAUGGGGCUCUUCCGUUUAUACUUGAGCUUCAACAGUUAAAUCUUGUUAGCGAUGACAAGAGGGAACGGCCAUAGCGAUUCACGUCUGUAAUGGGAAUGUGACCGGGGCCUUCAUCGGGGUGCUCGUGCUCCCUUGCAAGAGACGCCUUUACCGCGUCUACAUACGACAUCGGUGUGGCGUCGCCUAGAGAAGCACGCGCCGAAAUGAGACGAUGACUCAUCCACGGAUCCUCCCCCGUGCUAUGUCCAUCCGCUGCUGUGGCCAGGAGUCCCUCAAAACAAGUGUCGUAAGGAGAACGUUUUCCCCAAAUCUGGCUUUUCUGACAUCCCCAAAUUCUGUUCGAGGAAAAUUCAACAUCUGUAGCUUGUAACUGCUGUGUCUGAUGUACGUGUUUACGGUGUCCACCUUGAAGAAGCAGACUUUAGGCGAUUCGCGAUGAGGAAGACCCCGUGUUGAUGCUGUUCUCGGCACGAAGGCUUCCUGUAAGAAUUCCUCUUUGGCAGCGUUUAGCAUUAAUCAAAACGGUAGAAUUUUCCAGACAGUUGAUGAUUUGCUUUGUGGAAUGUGCAAUUUUCAUAAAAUAGGGAUCCUCUUCCAACACAGCAUCCAGACCUUUAAAGGGACCUUCAGAGAUUCAUCCUGUUCCUACAUUCUCUCACCAACUGUGUUGAAUUGCUCCAAAACCUCAUCACUUGUAACUCAAACAAAACCGAGGAUGUCAUACCAGUACCCUACAAGUAUAAGGGAAAAUCCAUAGGUCAAACAAUAUAUUUUGCUACUAGAGUCCACCAGGAGUCCAAGGUCCCAAGGGAAAAAAUGGCAAUGGCAGGCACUUUUCCUUUUCCAUGCUGUUUUUUCAUCAGUGCAUAUGUAGAUGUGUGCAAACAUAGGCAUUUUAUAGCAAAGCUACCCCAUACUGUAAGCACAGUUAAAUUCGUUAAAUUGGGUCCCAGCACAGGGAGUUUGGGAUUUUAGGCCGUUGGGAUUUUUUAGACCUCCAGGAUUCUUGAGUAAAGGAAAAUCACUGACAAUAACCUGCUUUUUCAAAAUGGCCGAGGAAGAAGAAAAAUAGGUUGGCUCCUCAUUGAAAUAACCCCAAAGAACAGGCUUUUUCAUCUUCCUCAUGAGAUGGACUUUUAAGUCGCCACCUUCACUUUUCCAAGGAAGUUUGUCUGUGCCUGGAAUAUCGUACGGUUUGAACGAGCCCAAUGUAGAUUGUGUGGCCAUGCUAUGCCUCCCCUGGUUUUUUUAAGGCUGUAAAGCCUAUUUUGAUGCAUGAGGACUCCAAGUAAUAGUUGUUGUUUCCUUUCGAAGUACAAAACUGUACUUUGACUUAGAGGUCGAUACUUGAGGCAAAAUGGAUCGUAGAUAUGUUUGUGAAUUUGCAUAUCAGAAAGUGGAAAGCAAGGAGUACUGCUCAGCCAGAAGCGAUUCGCUGGACGUUGUUCCGUGUAUAUAGGAUGUUUAUUGACAAAAGUAUUCUAUUUAAUUUUUGGAAAACAUUCCAUGGUGCGCAGACCUAGCUGCAAAGACAAACUUAGCUCGACGUUGUGUGCUCAUCGAGUCCUGUGAGAACAUCUUCGUUAUGAAUUGUCGUUGAGGACCUGGUGUUGCCUGCAGAUGCCCCAAGAUGACGUCUAUAUGGGUGUAUGCAACGUGGCCGUGUAAACCGUAGGAAACGUAACACAGGGUACACGACUCAUUGUUCAUAUUGAUUACGUGCUGCAUGUUGAAAGGUGAAGACAAGGGAUGACUCCCCAAAACCAUGCUGUGUGUUCUUUUCUCUCAGGAAAAUGUUCUGUAUUAAGUGCCAUUACACUGUACCUAAUAUUAAACUAUUUUGGAGAACUCCA